AUGGUGCUUCCCAAUGCUACCACUUUUCACGGCUUCGCCAAGGAAAACCUCCUGCCCAGAGCUGGCUUUAUAACCCUCUCCAUCAUCAUGGCGCUUUUCUCCGUGUCUGCCGUGAUUCUGAAUUCCACGGUCAUCAUUGUAACCAUUCUGCACAAACAGCUGAGGCAGCCACUAAAUUUUGCUCUGGUCAACCUAGCUGUGGCUGACCUGGGGACCACACUCACGGGAGGGCUGCCCUCCGUGGUGACCAAUGCUGUGGGCUAUUACAUUAUGGGAAGGGUCGGCUGUGUGGUGGAAGGCUUCUGUGUGGCGCUCUUUGGCAUCACAGCCCUGUGUUCAGUGGCACUCAUAGCUGUUGAGCGACUGUUUGUCGUCUGUAAGCCAAUUGGCACCAUGACGUUCCAGAAGAAGCAUGCGGCGGGAGGGGUGGCCUUGUCCUGGUUCUGGUCCCUCUUGUGGAACACCCCUCCUCUUUUCGGAUGGGGCAGUUAUCAGCUUGAGGGCGUAGGGACCUCUUGCGGCCCAGACUGGCACAGUCGAGAUCCGAAAAACGUCUCAUAUAUUCUUUGUUACUUCCUCUUGUGCUUUGCCGUGCCCUUUGCCAUAAUUGUGGUCUCUUACUCAUGGCUUCUCUGGACCUUAAGACAGGUAGCUCGUGUCGGGGGCGGUGCUGCAGCUAAGGCAGAGGCUAAGAUUGCCUGGAUGGUAGUGGCCAUGGUAGUAGCCUUUCUGAUCAGCUGGCUGCCCUAUGCUGCCCUGGCAUUAACUGUGGUGUUUGACCCAGAUGUUAAAAUUAGUCCUCUGGUUGGCACGCUUCCUGUCUAUCUAGCUAAGAGCAGUACUGUCUACAAUCCUUUAAUUUACAUCUACAUGAACAAACAGUUCCAGAAGUAUGCAGUAUCCUUCUUGCUUUGUGGGAACAAUCCGUGGGCCUCUGAAGAGGAAGUCUCAGAGACACAGACUAUCGUCACCCCAGUCAAUAACAAAAUCUCUCCAGAGUGA